CACAGAACGCAGCACACUAUAUAAAAUCUCGAUUCGCUCACAAACCCUAGAAUUUUAGAUCCUCAAUCGGCCAACACCAACACCAACACCUUUGGCGGCAGUCGUCACCUUGUAACCACUCCUCGGCGACGAAAAUGGCUCUGGUGGCAAACGAGGAAUUCCAGCACAUUCUGCGUGUGCUGAACACGAACGUUGAUGGGAAGCAGAAGAUAAUGUUCGCUCUCACCUCCAUCAAGGGUAUUGGCAGGAGAUUCGCCAACAUCGUUUGCAAGAAGGCUGAUGUUGACAUGAACAAGAGAGCUGGUGAAUUGAGUGCUGCUGAGUUGGAUAAUCUAAUGACAGUGGUUGCAAACCCUAGGCAAUUCAAGAUACCAGAUUGGUUUUUGAACAGGAAGAAGGAUUACAAGGAUGGCAAAUACUCUCAGGUUGUGUCUAAUGCACUUGAUAUGAAGUUGAGGGAUGACUUGGAGAGACUCAAGAAAAUCAGAAACCACCGUGGUUUGAGGCACUACUGGGGCCUUCGUGUUCGUGGUCAGCACACAAAGACUACUGGCCGCAGGGGAAAAACUGUUGGUGUCUCUAAGAAGCGUUAAGCUGUUAAUGUUUUGGCUUGGAUAUUAGAUAUUGUUGAGGAGGCGAAUUUGAAGUACAUUAGACAUGUUUCGCAUACCGGCUUUGUGUUGGUUGUUAAAUGAUGUGACAAUUUCAAUUUUGUUUGUUAUUUGUGUUAAGUUUCCUUUUAGUUGAAUGAUGUUUGGUAUUAUUAGUUAUAGAGGGAGACCUUAAAAGAGUAUUGAUGAAAUUACGCAUUCC